AAAGCAGCAGGUCGCACAGUGGAGCAUCGAGAUACGGAGGAGCGCAGACACCCAACUUAUCCAACAUGAACGUUCAGGUUUGCCACUGCGGUUGGACAAAACGUACAACUUACCACGGCUUGAGAGUUCACCAGGGAAAGAUGGGAUGCACGCCAAAGGGAAUGAGGAUCCCUCAAAGUGAACAAUUCAGGUUCUCUCAUAAACCGAGCUACAAUGAACCUCAAAUCAAAAUAAAAGAGCCUUUUGUGGAUGACUUAGAGAGUUCUGUCUUUGAGACUCCACAGCGCUCUCGUCUAACUACUGAAAUUGAAGAUUCCAGAGCUCGUCCAGUUCUGCAAUCUUCUAUUGGUGGACAGCAGACACCCAACUUAUCCAACAUGAAUUUUCAGGUUUGUCACUGCGGUUGGACCAAAUAUACAACUUACCACGGCUUGAGAGUUCACCAGGGAAAGAUGGGAUGCACGCCAAAGGGAAUGAGGAUCCCUCAAAGCGAACAAUUCAGGUUCUCUCAUAAACCGAGCUACAAUGAACCUCAAAUCAAAAUAAAAGAGCCUUUUGAGGAUGACUUCAAGAGUUCUGCCUUUGAGACUCCACAGCGCUCUCAUCAAACUACUGAACUUGAAGAUUCCAGAGCUCGUCGAGUUCUGGACUUUUCUGUUGGUGGACAGCAGACACCCAACUUAUCCAACAUGAACGUUCAAGUUUGCCACUGCGGUUGGACCAAAUAUACAACUUACCACGGCUUGAGAGUUCACCAGGGAAAGAUGGGUUGCACGCCAAAGGGAAUGAGGAUCCCUCAAAGUGAACAAUCCAGGUUUUCACAUAAACCAAGCCACAAUGAACCUCAAAUCAAAAUAAAAGAGCCUUUUGUGGAUGACUUCGAGAGUUCCGUCUUUGAGACUCCACAGCGCUCUUAUCAAACUACUGUGACCUGGUUUGAAGAUUCCAGAGCUCGUCAAGUUCUGGACUUUUCUAUUGGUGGACAGCAGGUGGCACAGUUCUUGGAGAUUCCUAGGACCACAGUUCAGCCAUCAAUAAUCAGUCUUAAAGAGAAAGAAAAGGAGAAAGCCUGGGAGAAAGAGAAGAAGGCCAAAAAACUACAAAAGAUACUCAACUCUUCCAAAAUGAGCCUUCAGGUUUGCCACUGUGGCUGGUCCAAUAUAACAAGUUACCAUGGCCUCAAAUUUCACCAGGGAAAGAUGGGAUGUACACCAAAGGGAAUGAGGAUCCCUGAACGUGCACAAUUCAGUUACAUUCCUACAGUGACCAUCCUAAAUCCUCCGGUCAACUUCACAGACCUGUUUGUGGAUAUUUUCAAGAGUUCUGUGAAGUCUGAUUCUUCUUCAAACACAAGCUACUACAGCUGGCCCAGAAUCACAGCUGAUCAGGAUCUCGGAGAUUUCCAGGGAGGGAUGAGAUCUACACAAAUUCAACUGGAGGAGAACAAAGAGCAACUCUGGAGAAAUCAUCAAGAAGAAUCUUAUCAAAAGUACAGCAGACCAACUUUCAAUCCUUCAGUCAAGGAGGAGCAGAAUAGGCUUCUGCCAUCAAGCUUCGUCCCCCAAAUUGAUUCUCCAGCCAGACAAGCCUCCACAGAAGAGAUAAUUAAAUCAUUGGUUGAAACUCAGCAACAGUCUGUGCCAACAGGAUCAAACAUGGGCGCAUAUCAGGGGCUUGAUUUUGCCUCUGGUGCACAGACCUUCAGCAACCACAGUGAUCAUACAGACAACACAAUCACAGUGAUGGAGACAGACACAUCAUGCUGUGAACAGCAGGUGGUACAAAUCUUGGAGUUUCCUGGGAAAGCAGCCCAGCACGCAGCAAUCUGCCCCAAAGAAAAAGAAAAGGAGAUAGACAAACUGAAAGAGAAGAAGACUAAAAAACUACAAAAGGCGAAACAGGAAAAGAUGAAAUCUGACUUGCAGCAGAAAAUUCACAUCAGAGAGCUCAAGAUGGCUGAAGUCAGAUCAUCGGAAAUAGACUGCAAGGGUACUCUGGAUGCUGAAUGGUUGGAAGUCAAUAAUUUCUUCUCUGAGGUGAUUAGAGUUGUGGAGGAUGCUCGAAAGAAAGCCCUUAAGCCUCUGGAGGAGAGGAGACAGAAAGUGAAAGAAGAUGCUCAGGAUAUCAUUCAGAAGCUGCAAAGAGAAAUUGAUGUGCUCAAAAACGCCAUUGCUGAAGCACCCAAAAACCCAGACUUGGAGGUUUCCCCACUAACAGGCCUGAAUGAAUCUACUGACUGGAAAAAUGUACAAGUUGACACUUCACUCUCCUUUGGCACACUGAGAACUACGACUUCAGCCAUGAUGAAGCAAAUUCACGAGGAAAUGGAAAAACUCUCAUCCAUCGAACUCAGGAGGAUUACUAAAUUUGCAGUGGAUGUGAAGCUGGACCCGACUACCGCACACCAAAGCCUUGAAAUUUAUGGUAAUGGGAAAAAAGUGAGAGAUGGUGGAAAGAUGUCGAAAGAUCCUGAUUCUUCGCAGAGGUUUGAUGUUUCUGGAAGUAUCCUGGGGCUCAACAGGCUGUCCUCUGGCAGGGCAUACUGGGAGGUGGAGGUCAGGAACAAGACCGGGUGGGAUCUGGGUGUGGCGAGAUGUGAUGCAAACCGCAAGGGGAAACUCUCAAUCAAUCCUGACAAUGGUUACUGGGCUACUGUACAUUAUGAAGACCAGAAAUAUGCAGCUCUAACGACACCACCCAUGAGCCUUUCGCUUAAAGGGAAACCACAGAAAGUCGGGGUGUUUGUAGAUUAUGAGGAAGGUCUUGUGUCCUUUUACGAUGUGACGUCUCAGUCUCACAUCUACUCAUUUACUGAGUGUUCGUUUGGUGGGGAGAUCCUCCCGUACUUCAGUCCACAUCUGAAACAAAAUGAGAAAAACAGCAAUCCUUUGAUUAUCUCUGCUGUGCAAAAGCAGCAGUAAUCACAUGCACUGAAUGUGGUAAGCAAUAUGUAUGAUUGGGUGUGCAGUAACAGUUUGCUUACCUGCCUAUCAGGCAUUUCAUCAGUCAAAUUUCAACAUUUUUUAUUGCUUUUUAUUAUAACAUGCAUUAAUGAAGAUUCUCUGACUGAGCCAACUCACCGAGUUUUAUUUUUUAUGUACUAUAUUUUCUAACUUUUAACAUUUGAAAAGUAAAAUAUAAGUCAUUCAUACAGCAGUGGAAAUGUAUACAUUUUACAGAAACAAUAUAAACAAUGAAAUAACUAAAUAUAAAUUAGUAACAGGGAAAAAACAAGGCUGUGGGAACUGGGUCUGGGCGUGGUGAAACACCUUCUUUUGCAAAAGACAGAUAUCACAAAAACUCUUCUAAAGAUAAAGUUGUUAAAACACUUUAGAUACUAUUCCUGUUUCUUUAAGAAAAAACAUUAGGACACAUUAUGAUCAAAUGAUGUUGCGUACUGAUCACCAGUGGCUGGAGGUUGUGCAUUUUUCAAAAUCAGCUAUUAGCCAAUUAUUUGGACCAUUAAAAUCAUACACCUAGAUAAAGGUAACAUUAAUAAGCAAUUUGACAUUAAUCCCUGUGAUGCAACAAGAACCUUGACUUUGUUGUAAGUUAACUUUGUGCGAAUAGCCUUAAAUUAUGUGUCUUGACUGCUGUCCUAAGAGUUGCAAGACUGGAAUACUUGAACUCUCUGUGUAUCUGUGACAUUUUUUGGCUGCUGAUUCUUGUCUGCUGUGUACAGCGGAGUGUGGUAGUCCCCUCCACCUCUGUGCAGACACACACACACACACACACACACACUUCAACACUCCCUUCCUUCGGCUCUGACUAUAAAUGCUGUUUGUUAUAAUUGUAUACCAAAGGAUGGAUUAUGAGUUCUUCUUGUUGGUUGUGUUUUGCUCAUUCUCCAUCACUUACUGUAUCAACAAACUAUUUACUUCUCUUUGUAGCUCUGUUUUACAGAUCCUUUUUGUAACUAUUUCAUUUUGUACUUUUGCUAAUCAGGCUUCUUAAAUUGUGGUCUUCAAGAGUCACUAUAUGCCAUUUGAUAGAUGUGUGUAAUAUAAUUUAUUACAUCAGAUGGACAGAAAUGAAUAAAACUGUCAUUUAGGAACUUUUCUUUGCAUUUUUGUCAUGAUGUCACCACAAAUAAGUUUGAUAAGUAGAUAUUUUUUAAAUCUAGUUUUUAUAAACUUUCAGACUGUCAUUUCUUAUUUGUCCACUAGAUACCAUUAGUGAGUUUGAUGUACACAUUGUCCAUCCAUUGUUGUUUUGUGCUAACCCUAACCCUAGGAACAAUCAGAAGCAACUUAUCAGCUGACCUAAGAGUUCCAUUUUAAGUAUUUUUAGUCAAAAGGUCAGAGAGGUAUGAGGGAGCUAAUCCAUUUAGAGUCUUAAAAACAAGCAAUACAACCUUAAAAUCAAUUCUAUAAUGUACUGGAAGCCAGUGUGAACGAGCCAAGACUGGGGAAAUAUGGUCGUGUUUACAUGUGCCUGUUAAGAGUCGUGCUGCAGCAUUCUGAACAAGCUGAAGACGAGAGAGCAGAGCCUGGCUGAUAUCAAAAUAAAGACUAUUACAGUAGUCAAGCCUGGAUGAAAUAAAUAGAUAAAUCACUUUCUUGAAGUCAGCAGAUGACAACAUGUUCUUAAUUUUUGCAAGGGCUCUGAGCUGGAAGAAGCUGGCUUUUACAACAGGAUUUAUUUGUUUGUCAAAUGAAAAACUGCCAUCAAAGAACACUCCCAGAUGUUUUGCAAUGGGAGUUCUGGACUUUUCCAGAGGGCCCUACUUCAGCCAAAGUGCACAGAGAAACAGGCUCAAAGUGAUCAAACACAGCUGAGGAAUACGAGGGAACAGAAGGAACAUAAGCUUCGUCCCCUGGUGAGCUCAUCACUGGACCCACUUCAGUUUGCCUACCAACCUGGCAUUGGAG